CCUAUUGGUAUGAGUACCUUGGGACUCUAGGUGGGCUAGCUUCCCGCACAUGACGAUCCCUGGCCGGACUCCCCAAGGCUGUAUUCAAUAACAGCAACCUCUGGUCUAAUCACAGAUGAUCACGUACCGUGAUCUGAAGCUGUAUCGAGACCGAUAGUGAAUGCAUGGGAAAUCACACAGCAGCCUGAUUGAGACAUUCACCUCAACCCGAUAACCCUUUUGACCGCGAUAUCUCCGGUGACAACAAAGCCAUUCGAUCAAUGACUCCACAUCACAGACUUUGUAUUCCGGCGGUUCAUAGGCGACUUGUCGUUCUCCGGUAGAAAGCGGUAGCAGCUUGAUACACGUCCCUGCGUUUCGUGUUACUGCCGCUUGAGUGCUCAAUGUCGAACUAUGGAGAAAUGAUGGAGAAUGACGAACAGCGAGCGGCUACACGAGCGGCGAAUGAUGCUCGGUCAAUGUCAAAUGUUGCCUUGGGCUUAGGCUCAAGGGGUCCUUCAGUGCCGCCUCCGGGAAGCUUCAGUUCCCAGCUGAGAUCAACCGCACCGCUUAAACAAAGCAAUUCAAGGCCAGAUAUCUCUGUACCGUCCGCGUUCGAAGAUACUCAAACGAACGAUUUGUCGACAACCGAACAACGACAGGCGGAAUUUCGUGACAAGAUAAGCAAGGAGAUCAAAAUCAAAAUUGGCUCGGAGAACCUUCUCGAGGCGCUCAUCUCCAAAAAUGCCAAACAGAGCAGGGAACAGAGGCUGAGAGUCGAGUCGGAGCUUCUUUCCUCCAACAGAAAGAUUGCGCAACUCAAAUUGGAGCUUGAUAACGAGAUAGAACGCGCGAAAUCAUCUUCCUAUCCAGCCAAGAGGCUGCCGGAUAUUUUCACUAGCAAUGUUGCUCGAACCUCGCCUCGAGACAUUGUAGCUGUGCCAGCCGAGGAGGAAGAAGAUGAAGAACAACAAGAUGGUCCAGAGACGGAGACGGAAUCGCCGACUUAUGUUCUUUCAGAAACGCUUCAGGCGCUUGAGAUGGAAGGCAUGCAGCCCGAUUAUUAUGUGGAGCGGGCGAAUAGUUUGGUUGAGCUCUUUCGGAGACAUCCAAACUUGAAAUACGAUCUAGUGUGGUCAAUUUUCGGCUUGCGCAUACAAACAAUGCUCUUGAGCGAUAGUAGAGAGGUCGUUGCCGCAGGGUAUCGUCUGACAAGAUACGCGAUCACAGACCGCAGAUCUCUUCAGACAAUAAGGGCUUUACACACUGAUUAUCUGGUUAUUUUAUCACUUAUCAAAGAAGGCAAGGCCAGUGUCGAACGAGAACAGGCCCUUAAAUUUGUCAGAGCUUUCUUGGAUGUUGAAGAGGGCGUUGCCGAAAUCUCCAUUGCAGUGGCUCGCACUAUUGUUUCUGUUGCCGAACAUGUGGAUGAUCGUCUUCGGAGCAUCUGCCUGUUGACCCUGGCCGAAAUACUAAUCCAAGACUCGUCUUUGCUCGUUGCUGCCGGGGGAAUUGGUCCUCUCACAGAAUCCCUUGCGGAUGGCACGUAUCAAGCCUCCGAAACGCUUGUAGCUGCAUUUUUGUAUCUUCUAGAUACACCCAGCAAACGCCUGAUAUUUCGCUCUGGUAGUGAAUUGGAGACUGUGUUUUCCCCUUUCACCGAUCCUUUAGUGGUCGACGGCAAUGAAGAGAAGCUCAAGUCGACAGCGAAAGUGAUUGCCUCCAUGCUAAAGACAUGGCCUGGGCUCAUCACUUUGUCGAUGCAUAACUUCACUUCAAUCAAGUCACUGGUAUCGGCCAUUUAUUUUCCUAUGCCAAAACUUCGGGGCGUCAUAUACGAGUUGCUCUUUGAUAUCUUACGUAUCAAACCACCAUCAUGGUCUUCCCCCUUCUUGGCGGGAAGAAGAUUGACCACCUACGGCCGUGUGACAAAUUUGAAUGCUGAGAAUCAAAGCUCAUCUUCGUCCGUUCAUAAGGAGAAUGAAUACGAGCGACGGAGCUUAGUUGAUCAUUUCAUAUCUCUUCUCCUUGCUGUAUUCCUUGAGGCUGGAUUAUUGGAAGCUCUGUUGCACGUCCUCGAAGACACGUCAGAUCCCGUCCUACGAAGAAAAACAACGUUGCUCCUAGGUGAGAUACUGAAGCUCGCAAACAAUGUACUCCCGAGCAAGUGGAGCGGCAAGAUACAGACACUUCCGGGAUUGUUCUCAUUAUCAUCAAAGUUUGACGCCAGGAAUCGCUUUGUUGCAACAAAUGCUGUGUAUCAAGUGGAUAGCGUCAACCGAACUCUGUACCGGUCUGGUCCCGCAAACGGCCUCUCAAACCUAUAUGCCGACGUCCUUGAAGACGAUUCUCAGCUUGCUUCACGGCAAGUAGAGCAGGGGAAGUCAAAGCUUGGCGUUCAGAUGGAUGAAGCACAGUUUCGUACUCUCUUGCUGGAAACUCAAGUUUUGAAUACUGUCAAUUUCACCAAGUGGAGAUGGGAUCUGAUACAAAAUAUUAUUGACGGACCACUCCUGAAUCCAAAACGACUUGAUGAGGCAAUGAAAGCUACCAAAUUUGUCAAGCGCGUGCUUGGGUUUUAUCGUCCUUUCAAAUACCGAUUUGCGAAUGUUCGAAAUACGAAACCAAACCAGCGUUAUGUCAAGGCUGGAUGCUCACUUGUCCAAACACUCCUACAGCAUGCGGACGGAGUGAAAUUCCUCGCGGACAAUAAGCUAUUAAGACAGAUCGCUGAGUGUCUAGCUCAACUCGAUAGGAUGAGCGGUUUGACUUCACUCUCUCCGUUGUUUUCCCGAGACCGAUUAUCAGAAACUCUUACGGGGGGCUAUUUCGCCAUACUAGGCGCACUUGGCUCUGAUACAAAGGGUCUUCAAAUCAUGGAGAAGUUGAAGAUCUUCAACAUGUUUUACCAUAUCAUAGAGCUGAAGGACCGAAAUGAUCUAAUAAAAACGCUGCUUGGAAAUAUGAACUUUUCAUUGGACAGUCAUUUGCGAGUGCUCUUGUCAAAAGCAAUGACUAGCUGUCCAAAGGAUAUCAGGCUGUUUGCGACCAAGCUUCUGCGCAAAUAUGCAAUCGGCGAUCUACCUGCAACGAAUCUCUCCGUAGUGACCGAGAACGCUGAAUGGUCGAUUCGUCUACUGGUGACGCAGUUGUACGAUCCGGAUGUGGAAGUGUGCGAGGUUGCAAUCAAAAUUCUGGAGGAAGCUUGCAAUCGCAAAUACUGCUUGGAGUACGUUGUCAAGUGCCGGCCAGCGCUUGAUCAUCUGGGGGAGAUUGGUGCCCCUUUAUUGUUGAGGUUCCUCUCCACUUCUGUGGGAUAUCAUUACCUGGACGGGCUUGACUAUAUCUCCCAGGAAAUGGAUGACUGGUUUCUUGGCCGCAACGACAGUUAUGUAACUCUGGUUGAGGCAUCACUUGCUCAUGCUUUCCGAGAGACACCGGAACGACAUCGUCAGAGCUUGGACAUCGCAAUCCCACAGCCGCAAGAUCACGGUAUCGUGCCGCCACAUUUCUAUAGAGAGCUUACCAGGACAGCCGAAGGCUGCAAACUGCUCCGACGAAAAGGGCACUUCAAUGAUUUCGUCUCGACUAUUCGUAGCCAUGGUCUGGAGAAAGACGACACUGAGAUCAUUCUCAAAGUCAAAGGUUGCCUUUGGGCGGUAGGCAAUGUCGGCUCCAUGGAACUUGGAGCACCUUUUCUCGAGGAGACGGAUGCUGUGCAAUGUGUUCUGAGAAUCGCGGAGCAGUCGGAAGUCAUGUCUCUAAGAGGCACGGCAUUUUUCGUCGUCGGACUUAUUUCAAGAAGCUUGCAUGGAAUGGAGAUUCUCAGCGAGCAUGGCUGGGAUAGUGCGACAACGUUUAUGGGUGAAUCGUUGGGAUUCUGCCUUCCCCUUGAUUUGAAUCGGCUCUUCUCGAUUCGGCCCUGGAACCCUCCGUGCCCUGAUGUAAACAGCAUUUCUACUGGGCCCAAUGGCUCCCUGGUCGCGUUUGACGAGGAUCCGAUUCAUGCACGAGUUCUUCGACUUGUUGUAGAUCUUGGCAAUACGGUUCUGACCACCCGUGCUGCGAGCGACCUUCAUACUGUGAAGAUGAAAAGACCGGACACGUUUCGAAAGCCGAAGCUAUUUCAUCAAAUUAUGAAUAUACUUCAAAUGCAUCAUAUUCGUCUCCCUGUUCGCCGUUUCGUCAUUGAUCUGUUCGACAAAAGGGUCAUGCGACAAAUUGUUCUUGAUGAAGAGGAUGAAGAUGACAGUGAAGAAAAAGAGGAAGAGGAGGAGGAGGAAGUGAAGAAAGAGAAUCAAGGCGACGAGGAAGGCACCCCCGUCAUUCGGGCGGGUUCUUCUUCAGGGCCUAUUGAAUCAGGCGCAAAUGCUGUUCCUGUCCAGCAGUAAUCAGUUUCAUGAUUGCCCCAAGAGCGACAACUUUUCUUUUCGGCUGUGCCUUUCAGCAUGAUUUCGUCGCGCGUUCGAAGCAUCUGCAUCACAGCUCUGCAUCAUGUUGUCUUCGAUAUCGAUCGGGUGUUGCACAUCUAUUUCGGCAGGACUUUGUGGCAUUAUGGAGUUUGGCGGAAAUCUUGCACUCUACAUUUACGGAUUCGAGGAUUUCACAUUAUAGGCGCAUUUUGGUGUUGCAAGGUUGCCCUGCUCUGGGCGCUCGUUUGUUUUACCCAGGAAACCAUGGCGUCCGGGGA